UUGAGAAGCGUGUCCGGUGGAAGGAGUUGUUAGCAAGAUUUCUACUCUGAUUUCGUUUAUUUGGUUUCUCGAACACCCUCAUAAUCAUGACGUUGGAAUCUGCGUCUUUGCAGUCAGAUCUUGAUUUCCUUUAGAAGUUUUGUCCUUGUAAGCUUACACUGAGUAUUAAUCGCGGGAUUUUUUCAAUUGAGAAUGUACUACCUACUUGUUUGCUUUGUACCAAUUGUUCGGUUUUGAUACAAACAGAAUUUCGUACCAGGCAAGCAAACAGCAGAAUAAACAAACACUAGGUCAUAAUAUUUUCUCUUCCCCUGAAAUCGAAGAUCGGACUUGGUUUAUUCAAUAAAAGUUGCAUCGAAACUCAACAAACAGAAUAUAACCACAGAUAACCACACUGGCAAGGUAAAUACCAAAUUUGCUCAGUGGCAGGUGACUUAAUCAAACUGAGCAUUGCUAUAGUGAGGUGAGGAGUUUAGGCAUUACAAUCUUGUUAGAACACAUCCAUGUUGUCAACUUACAAACACAUUACUUUGAGAGUGUCUCCUAGAUUGUUUUUUAAUGUGAAUUUAAAUCGUUUAUCAUCUAAUGUUGCAAGUAUAAUCUUGGAACUCUAUGAAAAUUAUUUUCGACCCGACAGUUUUACGUCACUUUGAGUACAUUACAGAUUGCCCGGCUGUCCCAGGAACUCAAUUUUUUGUUCGUGAUAAUUGUGCUGUUAAAUGGAUUAUAACAGAAGUUUAACUGCGGUGCAGCUUAUACAAGGACCAGUGGCCAACAAAAGUUGAAAUUUUUUGUGCGUACAUCGCUAUUUUGAAGAAUGGAUUUAUCGUUUCUUUCUGUGAAUUUCACUGGGAAUUUCACAAACUUGACCAAGCUAACACUCAAUUUGACAAUACCAAGAAUGACUGGCAUACUGUUAAAAGCCAUGAAUAUCACUAUCGGCCUAGGAGACUGGAAUUUAUUCCCAGCAUGGGGAUUCGCGUACAUUUAUCCAGUUAUGGUAACAAUUGGUAUUUGUAUCAGUGUCUUGAACAUUUACAUACUUGUGUUGUUCAAAAGAAAGCCCUUGUUACGUUCUAAGUCUAACUACUUUCUUCUCCAUCUCGCCACUUUUGACGCUAUCAAUGGAGUUAUCUGUGUCCCGUUAUUCGUGGCAUCUGAAAAGUUAAUCGAAAGAGCAAGAUACUCUACCUUUGUGCAAGCAAUGUGCGUUUAUCAGAUUACGCUAAUCAUACUACGCGCCGUGAAUAUUCUUGCAAUUAUAACCUUGUUCAUGAUUAUCACAGACAGAUGUUUAAAUCUAUGGUUUCCAUUUCGUUACCGACAAUUCAAGACUUGGAGAAAGAUUCAUAUUUCCCUAUUUGUUGCCUGGCUCUUUCCUGUCUUGUUUACGACCUUUGCAAUACCGAUCUACCUCCCGAUGUUUCGCUCCUGGAAGCUAUCAACCUUCGUAGAUAUCAUCAAGCUGUCAACGAUUAUCUUAGAGGUGUCUAUAACACUUGAAAAGUACAAAUACAGGGAGGUUUUUUACUGUUCUUUAGUACUGUCUACGAUCUUUUCUUCGAUAUCUCUGUGCCUUAUAUUCGUAGCCAUUUAUAAAAGACCUAGAAUCCUCACUUCUAACAGCAGAGCUUUUAUGAGUUCUACAAGACGCAAGAGAGAGCUGAAAGCGUUUCGUGUGUUAUGCAUAAUGUUUUUGACCAUACUAGUAUGGCUUGUUCCAACCGUUUACGCCUUUGUAGGUGGCCAGGAGAGACUACACUACGUUGUUUUUCAUCUUGGGAGGUUUCUCAUUUCUAUAACAAACCCGAUUCUCUUCACAAUUCACAAGACAGAUUUUCAAAAAGCAGUUUAUCAAGAUAUUAUAUUUUUGAAAAGUCUUGCAAAAUGCUUCCAGGCAAAUGUUUCGGCAAACAUGGUAUCACCAAGACAGAGCCAAAGGGAAAGGAGCAAAGCAAGAUCGGCAUUUGUAACUCACCUCGUUAUCUAUAGAGAAUAUCCGAGAACAUAACAGUUAAUACAACUGUCGGUGACGUCAGCUCGUUGCACUUGUGUAUUUGCGUAUCAUCUGUUAAUCUUUCUUUAUACCACUAAAUCACACAAAUAUUUCAUGUAGCCUUUCGCAAAUAAGAUCAACUGUUUUUAUCUGGGUUAGAGGAAAACAUAUUUACUAUAUACUUUCGGGGUAUUUGGUAUCAGGUUUAGCAUUAAUACAUACCACUGAGUUUCCACUCCAAAAAAUUUUUGUUCAGUUAAAGAAGACUUUUUACUGGCGAUCAUCUUGUACAUGGGAUUACCUUUUCUCCAUAAAUUUGUUAAUUUCAAGUUGAUAUUUUGUUUUCUAUUUCAAAAAUUUUGUGUCUGGAUUGCAGCCCAGCUUAAAACCUUUUCAGGUUUCCCUGUUAAGUUUUAUUUCAAAAAUAAAGUCGUCUCUGAAUGUAGAGCUGCAUCAGUGGCCAAGCAGUCAAUCUGCUCUCUAAGAAGCUACUCUUGAGACACGAAUGAAAAUGAAAAUUUAAUUUAAAAUUUUACUUGAUUUUAUACAAUAGCUUUACGAGUAGCGAUGGAACUUGUUCUCCAGUUAGCAGGAAUCUUCUUCCUAAACCAAGAAGUUGUAACUACUAAGAUGCCAGUUUAAGGCGAGACCUUGUAUACUUUUUGUGAACAAUUAUGUGUGUUGUGUAUUAACCUAUUUAUUUCCCACUGACAUACUUAACUGGAACUUUAUCCUUUGAUUCGUUUUAUAUGCCAUUCUUUUAUUGUAUCUAAUGUAUUUGCAAAUAGUCUUUCUAUAAUGGUAAAAAAGACAUAUAACUGGAUAACGAUAUAUUUACCCUUUUAAUCAUUUGUCGACUUUCUCUUUAAAAUGUCCUCAAAAAAAUUUUACAAUCUUUACUGUGGAUUAAUCUUUUGAAAACAUUGUUUACCUGAACUGAGAAAUUCUCAAAUUGCAAAUACCAUCUUUUCAGGCAUCUUUGUUUUCACAAUACCAGCUCAUUUCUCAAAAUGUUUGUUUUUUAUUCAUCCACCGUUUUUAAUGCCUCGUUUCCGUGUCUUCUGUGAUUUAAACAUUUGUGAAAUCUUUCAUUUGGCAUUUUUGGGUGGGAUUCAGAUUAACAUAGGACUGGUGGCUAAUAUUUGGCCGUGUGGGACUAUUUUGAGCAAGAAAGUAUCCUUUCUAAGAUGAAUCGUGGUCAUUUCCACUUUUUAUAGCAUGAUAAUUCAGCUGUAUAACUCUUGCUUAAUGGCGUCAUAGUUUGAAUUCAGCUGUACACUUUGGGGUCAUUUAUUGCAAUACCCUCACAAAACUGCGCUUCUGUGUCUUUCUUCUUUGCUAAAUAUCUGACAAAUAACAUAACAACGGUGAUAGGCAGGCGUUAACCAAUCAUUGAUUUGAUAGGCAGGCGUUAACCAAUCAUUGAUUUGAUAGGCAGGCGUUAACCAAUCAUUGAUUUGAUAGGCAGGCGUUAACCAAUCAUUGAUUUGAUAGGCAGGCGUUAACCAAUCAUUGAUUUGAUAGGCAGGCGUUAACCAAUCAUUGAUUUGAUAGGCAGGCGUUAACCAAUCAUUGAUUUGAUAGGCAUGCGUUUACCAAUCUAGAGAUAUAAGGGAGGGUGGGGGCUAUUUUUGGUCUGAGGCUGCUCAGAAAACCUUGGCCAAGAUAGGCGGUGUUACAUGAUUGCCAUGUUUUUAACUUGCAGUGUCAUGGUCGUUAGAAAGUUUUCCGAAAUCUUGGACGAGAUAAAUAGAUAUACU